AUGACUCUGCUGCUUGCUGGCUGGAGCACGGCCUUCAUCCUGGGAGAUGCCCUGGUUGCUAAGGGAGAAGAAUAUCACAACAUCCCCAGUAAUGGGAACUUCUCUAAUCAGUUCUUCUUGAUUGUAGAUGAUGACAUUGGUGCGCCCUAUUCAGAUGAUAGUCUGAAUCCAGGUUUUGUGCCUCGGGGUCAACCCAGAGGCCCUCUUGCUCAAUCCGCACAGCAGAAUCCUGUCCCUGAGCCUGGGGUGGACUCCAGGGAGGUCUCCCGGUGUGACUGGAAUGAAGGUGCUCCAGCUUCCCCUCUGAGUUCCAGGACUGAAACUCCGGCAGAUCACAUGGAAGUGCCCCCAGGGAGGGCCUUGCUGGUUUCUCGGCUCCUUCCUGCGAUGGAGACCAGUUGGAAUCCCAUGGGUCCGCAAAGAGGAAACAGAGGAAAGGAUACACCUAGAAGAGGGAAGUACUACUGGUGGUCAUCCCGUGUCCUAAAGGAACCCGUGAAGAAAAUGGAGAAGGCAGCGCAUGGUGGGACUAAAGGGACUGACCAAGAGACUGUGCAGAAGGAGCCAUUGCAGGAAAGCAGCAGUGACACACGGCCAGUCUCUGACAGAAAAACACAGGCAGAACAAGCAGCUGGAUUGCCAGGGGUGGAUGUUGGGAAAAUCACAACGGCCGCUGUUGGCGAAGAGCUGCGAAAACACCACAUCCCAGUGAUUGCUGUGGUCUCCGCUGUGCUGCUGUCCGUGCUGAUGCUGGCCUGUGUUCCUAUGCUGUGGAUGUGGAAAAAAUAUCUGGCACGCAAGACAGAGCGGACAGCAGCAAGACAAGCUGACUGGGAGAGAGAUCAAAACAGAGAUGAAGGCAGAGCGGAGCUGGGGGAGGCUGCAAAGGAGGAUGUCCUCGACCAAGGAAAAAUCAUCUCCAGGCCAUUCUCCUGGUCCUUUGAAGCAGAAUUUGCUGACCUGUGCAACAGAAUCAGAGCAGACCCCUCCCUUCAGCCCAUGCAUCCCAGCAGCUCUCCUACUGUCAACGUCUCUUCCCUCAGUAGCUGCAGCUCUCAGGAUACCCCUGAGCCAUCCAGUGCCCCUGUUACCCGGUGCCAAGAAGGCUCGGGUUCAUUUGGAGGGUCCCACUUUGUGAUUAAUAAAGACAUUCCAUUCAAAAGCUGCUGCUGUGACCAUUUCCAUUGA